CACAAAUUUCCAAUCGGCCAUAAGGCGUUCGAUAAAUUACGUAAAGGUACGACAGUUACCGACAACGCGAAAGACAGCUGACCUUCAUGUUAAAAUCAGCGCUUGCGCAAUCGUAUCUCUCUCUUUUUUGGCCAGUUCAAAACAUAGAACGGUGAGGAAAAGUGGAAAGUGUUUACAAUCCGUUGUAAUCUAGCCGCAAAGAAAAAGAUUUUAAAGCUUUUUCUCUGUUGCUGAUUAUAUUAGAUAUAUGUUCUACACAUUUACAUAACUAGGUGAUACAUUAUGACCAUUUUUCGGGAGAAUUUUCGGCUUGUAAUAUGGCUAACCGUUCCAUGUAUUGACCGAAUUAUAUACGAUUGAAACAAGAGCAAAAUACAUGACUGAGCCUUUGAUCUAAUCUGUAUUCAUGUACAUUUAUUAGGAAACUCAAAGUUGUAUUUGUCGUUGAAAUAUAGGCAUUUAUAGUAGAAAACUAUCGCCAAAAAUUGUGGGACAACUUUUUAAUAUAAAAACUAUAAGCGAAAACUAUUAUAAGUAAGAUGAAGCAAGUCGUUUGUUAGUGUAUGCAUUCAGGGACAAGGGCAGAAAAGCUGGUUAACCCAUUAAUCUGACAAGUAAACCUGUCUGAUGUUAGAAGUAGGAGACAUUUAUAGUGCACUGCAAAGUAAUGGCUUAUUAAGCACAACAUAUCGGCAGAUAGAGUGGCAGCACUCUCCCCUUGGCCUUGAUGAGUAAAGUCAUCUGGUGUUUUAGAUAGAGUAAAAUAACAAAUCAGGGUGCCACUUAAAGGGUUAACCUUCCAACUUCCCCUUGACAAGUAAAACUGGCAUUAGACAGAGCAGCAUUGAUGGAAUACGACACAUUGGGUCGUUUCAGAAAAGAUCCAUACAUACAAGGAAAUUUCUGCCGUCCACAGGGGGAGGGGAGAAAAAAUAGUUAAUGUUUUAGGAAGGGGGUAGGGGGGGGGUAAUUUCCUCUGUGGGGGUGGUAUGGAUGUUUUCUGGAAUGACCCUUUAACAAAGAGUUUGAACAACUUCAUUUCAGAUGGCAAAAGUCCGUGAAUCGAGAAAUGAGCCCCUGACGAAGGGAAUAGGCAAGUACAGUCGCUCGGCGAUGUACAAAAAGCGUGCUCUGUACAAACGCAAGAAGACAGGUGUUAAGAAGGAUGUCAAAGAAGACGCUAAAACCAAAGUGAAGGAAAUUGGUGGCGACAAAAAUGGAGGGACAAGAACUGUCCCCGUUCAACGAGAGGUAAUCUGAUGAAUUAUUUUGGGCUUCAAUGGCGUAGUCGUCAGAAAAGAGUCUGCCAACACUCUGCCAAAUGGUGUGGACUUUCUCAGGUUUCUGAAUAAACAUAGUUAGGAAAGUAAUAUCACAAUUGUUGUAAAGAUAUAUAGUACAGGCUAAGUAGUUAUAUAAGUGGUGGUCAAACUCAUCAACAUUAGUAUGUUGCCACUCAAGUCACUCACACACAUAAUUUGAAUGCUUGGUUACCUUUGUUCCAUUUUAUGCUUACAGUGCAUUAUGAGAACAGUGGUAACUAGGCAUGUUAUCAGAAUAUGUGAACUGGGUUGUAACAAAACUCUACCAAAAUGUUCCAAACUUCAUUCCAAAAUUUGCAACUUUGUUGUGAAGUUCAUAUUGAAAUUAACAAGCUGGUUUGUAAACAAAGCCUCUGAUUGGGCCAUGAAUUAAAAAAAGCCAAUCAAAUACUUAGUUUACAAACUGGUGUGUGAAUAUUAUCAUGAACUUUGCAAUGACAUUUGCAAACUUCAGAAAACAUGUUGGCAAAGGUUUUGUGAAAUAGACUGUAAAAUCUUUUAAAUUGUUUUAGCCUCGUUAUUAUCCAACAGAAGACUCCCGCGUGAAGCUGCCCAAUCGCAAGAAGGACAGACCCACCAGACUACGAAGUUCACUGACGCCAGGAACUGUGGUUAUUUUGUUGGCUGGUCGACACCAAGGCAAAGUAUGUGAUUUCAUGAUGGAAAUGACUACAUUACACAAAGUCUCAUUCUUCGGUUAUUUCUGUGGGCAUUCAACCAUAAUUCGAAAAAGUCCUUUCGUAAUCAUGAUUCACACUGAUUUCAUAAAUUUUCUGUUAUACAGAGAGUUGUGUUUCUGAAACAACUGGAUGGUGGUCUAUUGCUUGUCACAGGUCCGUACAAAGUGAACGGGGUGCCGCUCCGUCGUGUUCCCCAAUCCUACGUGAUCGCCACCCGAACAAAGAUUGACAUCAGUGGUGUUGACUUGCCAGAGCGUCUCGACGAUGAUUAUUUCAAACGAGAGAAGAAGCAACGAAAACGAACUGAUGAGAUGUUUGAGGAAGCAAAAGAGGUGAAGGUUUAGGCCAUUGCAAUAACUACUGUAGUGGGGGGAGGGGCAGGCUUUGCAAUAAAUUGCCAAAUUUACACUGGGAAUGAAUGAUUCAUCACUAGUAAUAGCAGGGUUCGAGAUUUGCAGUAUCAUACUAUGCCAGUUUCGAAUUUUGGAUACCAGAUGUUGAAACCUUGGUGUCCUUGUUUACUUCCAUGUGUUUUAUCAAGAAAACUACACAAGUGAAUUAAUUGUUCUGACGGUGUAGUUAACAUUGUGGUUAACAUUGAACUCUGUCUUAGAACCAUUAUCUAAAAUCACUUACAUUUUGGUAAAAUUUUGAGAUUGUGGGAACUAAAUAAUUAAAGACUGAAAGCAUGUUUUAUUUUGAGAAUUUGAAUACCAGAUUUUCAGUUUGGAAACCAGGUUAAUCCACAUUUGGUUCCAGGAAAAAUUCUAAUCUCAAAUCAUCCUUUCUUUUCCAGGAACGUACUGUGAGCGAUGAACGCAAAGAAGACCAAAAAUCAGUCGAUGAACAACUCGCUCCUUUAAUAUCAGACGAAGCCCAUUUGAAGAAUUACCUCAAGACCUUGUUUAGUUUGAGAAAAGGACAAUAUCCACAUGAAAUGAUCUUCUGAUUUGUACAAGGUUUAUGCUAAUAAUAAAAUCUUGCCAAACGUUAAUAUGUGUAGCUGUGCUUGCAUGUAUGUGCUCAGGACUACUGAUGCAGUAGUUAUAGUUAUUUGUGGCUUGAAUUGGUCUCAUGAAGUGCAACAGAAGC